AUGUUCCGUCGCAAAAGAUCCUCUGCACAUGCGCCCUUAAAUUCCAAUCCGUCACCAUCUGCCCAGACCGCUGCUGCUCAAGCAUUCAGAGCCUCCCAAGCCAAUGCCGCAUUAUCUACGGCCGCUGCGGCAGCAGCCCUUCGCACACAUACACCUACCCCCACCUCCGUCGAGAACGUCCAGACAAAACCUGGCUCUAGUGAGAGAGAUAUUAGCCCUGUCCCUCCGAUUCCCCAGAACUUUCUUGCCCAUCAACGAGCCGUUAGCCUGGAGUCGUCCUCUCGCGUGAUUAAUCCUGUCGCGCGUUCAAGUCGAUCACCUGAUCUACGAAAGCCCAGUUCCCCUCGCUCCCCUCGAACUUUGAAUAGUCUUCCAGAGCUAGAAAGGCAGGACAGCCGGAGCUCGAUCAACUUUUCCUACCCCACACACGCUCGUCCAAAUUCCCCACCCCAAUCUCCAAUUCAAAAGCUUGUCGCGAAUCCUCUAGUUUCUGAUGAUGAUGGAAUGGGCCUGGAUGAAGGACUUUCUCAAAACUAUAUUGUUGCUCGAUCAUCCAAAUCUACGACGACUCCUACAACUGCAGCUGCCAAGGGAGCCCAAUCAUAUCCAGAUUUGAGUGCUUUUCAUACAGAACAUGACGAAUCGAAGAGGUCCAGGAUUGGAGCUACUCAUGCAAUCACUGAAACCGAGGCAAGCACUUCUCCUGAAGAGCAAGACCCUGCACACUCCCAUCAUAUGCCCUCCACUGUACACGGGGAAGACGCCGAGCAGGACCGUCAUCCUUCCCCCAAAUCAAGCCAAACGAAAGCGCGAACCACUCAACAAUAUGGUAACCGAGAAGCUGAAACCAAGGAACAACAGAUAACGGAUCCAUCAGAAGUACAUGAUCACAAAACUAUUCAAACCGACCAAUCCACUGACUCGGGGAGUUUACCCGAGUUUAAAUACCCAGAUAGUCCUAAAGCAGAUGUCGAAAGCGAUAAAAUAUCUAUGCCAACUGGCUUUACAGUCGAUACCUCGCCAUCUACAGAUUUUGGCUCUACUUCACAUACUCCUUUAGAGGCUCUAUCCAUUGGCCACGCGCACGACACAGUCAGUGCUAGCGCCGAAGGUAGAAAUAACGAAAGACCUCAUUCGAUCAGCCCGACUCGUACCACACACUUUUCUAGCCAUCUUGUUGUUUCCCUUAGCGGCGAAAGACUUCAUGACCCUCCCCCACGGUCAAUGUCUCCUGCGAAAUCAGCCUUAAAACACCCAACUCCUCAAUCUAGCCCAGGCAAUCACAAUUCGAAUAACUGGUCUAAAUCGCUUCAAGCACAGAGUGAAUCUCCUGAUGGCACAUCGGUUGAAUCAGAUGAUGGCCAAAGGGAUGGGAACAAAAAACGCACCCCUAAGGUCAGCUUCGAAGAUGAGCCGGAGGUAGUAGGGGCUUCUGCCACUGCUUCAAUUUCUCAAGGGCCGGGGUCGCCCAUUUCCUCAAGCGCUCUAUGGGGUUCAGGAUCAAAGAAUUCAAGUCUUGCAAGGAAUGGCUACCGAUUUAACAUCAGGAAUGGGAGUGAUGAGGAUGCGUUCAACGAAGUCAUGAAACCUCGUCCAGCACUUCCUUCUUUUGGCAGUAUUCGUGGAAGGAGAUGGUUGAUCGAGGAUCAUGACAGGCGGCAGGUUCACGACAGACCUUCGUCACCGAGGACAUCAGCUAGUGGCAAUGCAUUCCGCGAAAUCUUACACCAGAGCAAGCAUUCCCGCCCCCAAGAUACCAACCCCUUCGUCCCUGGUAACCCGAUCCCCCCAGAAGUCACGUCAGUUGAAGGGACUGGUUACGAUUCCCCAUCUGAAACGAGUUCAUCCAGCGAGGACUUGGAGGAUCCGGACGAUUAUGCCCAUCCAGGAGAUAUUACUAGCUCCCCUCCAUCAGAGGUACAAAAGGCCUCGAGCGAGAGCCUUGAUGUUGGGGGAAAAGCUGUUAGAGAGCGAUGGCGGAGUGAAAAUAUACCUAUUAUCUCAAUUCAUCCAGCUACUCCUGCUCUUGCUGAGGAAAAUAUUAGUGGCGAGUGGGCCAGGAUGCCAGGAUGGGUUUCAUCUCCAAUGGCUCUUCCAGAACACGAAAUGCGCCAAAACAUUGAUAAUACACGCCAACCAAGACCAGUAAUCCCUGAUUCCACCCCCGAUUCAAGGAUAUCUUCGAUUCCAUACGUGGAUGGUGAUGAAUCCGAUUCAAGUGAAAGUGUUUACAGUGAUGCAGCUGAAAAUUUAUCAGAUCUUGAAGGUGAUGGUUUUGGUUCUAUAAACGCGAUAGUUGACAGCCCUCUCUCUCUUAAGAUCUAG